UUGAUUUUUUUCUCCUUCUUGUUUCAUUCUUUCUUUUUUUCUUUUCUUUUUCUAAUUUUUGAUUUUACUUCCUUUUUUUUUUUUCAAACAUAUUCAGCCUUUCGUUUUUCUUUCUUUCUGUUUGAAAGCAUUUCUGUCGUUGAUUUUUCUUUCUUUCUUUUUGAAAGCAUUUCUGUCAGUGAUUUUUUCUUUCUUUCUUUUUUUGAAAGCAUUUCUGUCGUUGAUUUUCUUUCUUUCUUUUUGAAAGCAUUUCUGUCGUUGAUUUUUCUUUCUUUCUGUUUGAAAGCAUUUCUGUCGUUGAUUUUUUCUUUCUUUCUUUUUGAAAGCAUUUCUGUCGGUGAUUUUUCUUUCUUUCUUUUUGAAAGCAUUUCUGUCGUUGAUUUUUCUUUCUUUCUUUUUGAAAGCAUUUCUGUCGGUGAUUUUUCUUUCUUUCUUUUUGAAAGCAUUUCUGUCGGUGAUUUUUCUUUCUUUCUUUUUGAAAGCAUUUCUGUCGUUGAUUUUUCUUUCUUUCUGUUUGAAAGCAUUUCUGUCGUUGAUUUUUCUUUCUUUCUGUUUGAAAGCAUUUCUGUCGGUGAUUUUUCUUUCUUUCUUUUUGAAAGCAUUUCUGUCGUUGAUUUUUCUUUCUUUCUUUUUUCUUUCUUUCUUUCUUUUUUCUUUCUUUUUUCUUUCUUUCUUUUUUUUUUUUUCUUUCUUUCUUUCUUUUUUCUUUCUUUCUUUUUUCUUUCUUUCUUUCUUUCUUUUUUUUUUCUUUCUUUCUUUUUCUUUCUUUCUUUCUUUCUUUCUUUCUUUCUUUCUUUCCUUUUGAUUUUUCCUUAUUUCUUUGAUACUUUCGUUUUCUUUUUUCUUUCUUUUGUUAAUCAUUUUCCAGGCUUUGAUUUUUUUCUCCUUCUUGUUUCAUUCUUUCUUUUUUUUCUUUUCUUUUCUACCUUUGAUUUUACUUCCUUUUUUUUUUUCAAACAUAUUCAGCCUUUCGUUUUUCUUUCUUUCUGUUUGAAAGCAUUUCUGUCGUUGAUUUUUCUUUCUUUCUUUUUGAAAGCAUUUCUGUCGGUGAUUUUUCUUUCUUUCUUUUUGAAAGCAUUUCUGUCGUUGAUUUUUCUUUCUUUCUUUUUGAAAGCAUUUCUGUCGUUGAUUUUUCUUUCUUUCUGUUUGAAAGCAUUUCUGUCGUUGAUUUUUCUUUCUUUCUUUUUGAAAGCAUUUCUCAUUUCUGUCGUUGAUUUUUCUUUCUUUCUGUUUGAAAGCUUAUUUCUGUCGUUGAUUUUUCUUUCUUUCUUUUUGAAAGCAUUUCUGUCAGUGAUUUUUUCUUUCUUUCUUUUUGAAAGCAUUUCUGUCGUUGAUUUUUCUUUCUUUCUUUUUUUGAAAGCAUUUCUCAUUUCUGUCGUUGAUUUUUUCUUUCUUUUUUUUGAAAGCAUUUCUGUCGUUGAUUUUUCUUUCUUUCUUUUUGGCCAUUUCUGUCACAUUUCUGUCGUUGAUUUUUCUUUCUUUCUGUUUGAAAGCAUUUCUGUCGUUGAUUUUUCUUUCUUUCUUUUUGAAAGCAUUUCUGUCGUUGAUUUUUCUUUCUUUCUUUUUGAAAGCAUUUCUGUCGUUGAUUUUUCUUUCUUUCUUUUUGAAAGCAUUUCUGUCGGUGAUUUUUCUUUCUUUCUUUUUGAAAGCAUUUCUGUCGUUGAUUUUUCUUUCUUUCUUUUUGAAAGCAUUUCUGUCGUUGAUUUUUCUUUCUUUCUUUUUGAAAGCAUUUCUGUCGUUGAUUUUUCUUUCUUUCUGUUUGAAAGCAUUUCUCUUGUUUCUGUCGUUGAUUUUCUUUCUUUCUGUUUUGAAAGCAUUUCUGUCGUUGAUUUUUCUUUCUUUCUUUUUGAAAGCAUUUCUGUCGUUGAUUUUUCUUUCUUUCUUUUUGAAAGCAUUUCUGUCGUUGAUUUUUCUUUCUUUCUUUUUGAAAGCAUUUCUGUCGUUGAUUUUCUUUCUUUCUUUUUGAAAGCAUUUCUCAUUUCUGUCGUUGAUUUUUCUUUCUUUCUUUUUGAAAGCAUUUCUGUCGUUGAUUUUCUUUCUUUUUUUUUUGAAAGCAUUUCUGUCGUUGAUUUUUCUUUCUUUCUGUUUGAAAGCAUUUCUGUCGGUGAUUUUUUCUUUCUUUCUUUUUUGAAAGCAUUUCUGUCGUUGAUUUUUCUUUCUUUCUGUUUGAAAGCAUUUCUGUCGUUGAUUUUUCUUUCUUUCUUUUUUGAAAGCAUUUCUGUCAGUGAUUUUUCUUUCUUUCUUUUUGAAAGCAUUUCUGUCAGUGAUUUUUCUUUCUUUCUUUUUGAAAGCAUUUCUGUCGUUGAUUUUUCUUUCUUUCUGUUUGAAAGCAUUUCUGUCAGUGAUUUUCUUUCUUUCUUUUUGAAAGCAUUUCUGUCGUUGAUUUUCUUUCUUUCUUUUUUGAAAGCAUUUCUGUCAGUGAUUUUUCUUUCUUUCUGUUUGAAAAGCAUUUCUGUCAGUGAUUUUUCUUUCUUUCUUUUUGAAAGCAUUUCUGUCGUUGAUUUUUCUUUCUUUCUUUUUGAAAGCAUUUCUGUCAGUGAUUUUUCUUUCUUUCUUUUUGAAAGCAUUUCUGUCGUUGAUUUUUCUUUCUUUCUGUUUGAAAGCAUUUCUGUCAGUGAUUUUCUUUCUUUCUUUUUGAAAGCAUUUCUGUCGUUGAUUUUUCUUUCUUUCUGUUUGAAAGCAUUUCUGUCGGUGAUUUUUCUUUCUUUCUUUUUGAAAGCAUUUCUGUCGUUGAUUUUUCUUUCUUUCUGUUUGAAAGCAUUUCUGUCGGUGAUUUUUCUUUCUUUCUUUUUGAAAGCAUUUCUGUCGUUGAUUUUUCUUUCUUUCUGUUUGAAAGCAUUUCUGUCGGUGAUUUUUCUUUCUUUCUUUUUGAAAGCAUUUCUGUCGUUGAUUUUUCUAUCUUUCUUCUUCGUUGUAAGCAUUUUUCGGCCUUUGAUUCUUCCCUUCUUUCUUUUAUUAUUUUCCCCUCUUUUUCCUCUUUUUUUCCUUUUUUUCAAAGUUUUCUUUAUGUCUCAGUGUUUUUCAUUUCAAUAUUCCUUCUUUUUCCUUUAUUUUUUUCUUUAUUUUUCUUUCUUUUUCGGAACCUUUCUUUUCAUAGUUUCUUCCCAUUUUUCUUUCUUUCUCAAUAUUCUUUCUUCUCGGUACCUUUCUUAUCAAAGUUUCUUUUCAUUUCACUACCUCUCUUCUUUUGUUUUUCUCUCUUAUUCUUUAUAUACUUUACAGCUUACUUUCGUUACCUCCUUGUUUAUUUACUUCUGUUGGCUUUUUGUUCAAGUUCCCUACACCCUACAUUCGCUGCAUUCAAAAUGUCUGUUAUUACUUAUGUUGACGGCGAAUAUCUUUCUUAAUAUGCCAUCCCGCUUCUUUACUUCUCUUUCUCAAUCUGCUGAUCAUCUAUCUAUCUAUCUAUCUAUCUAUCUAUCUAUCUAUCUAUCUAUCUAUCUAUCUCAGUAUGUUCCUAUCUAUUGA